AGAGACCUAGAAGCAAGUGAGCUCACAAACAUGCUUAGCACUACCGACCCCAUCGUCACAGUCGUCAGUAGCAGCAGUGACGGACCAGAACUGCGACCACAUCUCCAUAUUCAUGAAAAGCUGCUCUUCGCAUCGUCUCCUAUUCUGAAGAAACUCACUGAACCAACGGUCGGUGUUGCAACCCGCAUUCAAAUCUCAAGACUUGAAUUGAAUCUGCCCUUUCAAGGUCUCCGCAACCUAUCUCACUGGCUAUACCAUCGUGAAGCACCGAUCAAGGCGUCCGAAGAUAUUGUCGACAACAAGAUAUCGAGCCAGCUUAUUGGCCUGAUACACGGCUACAAUGUUGGGGAGAGGCUCCAGAUUGUGGAUUUUGCAGAUGUCUGCACCAGUAGCCUGCUUGGUCUACUCGACGAAAAGGGUGAUCUGACAUCGUUGGUGAGAUUAAUGCCAGCAAUCGCGAGCUACACUCGACCUGGCUCCAGAAUUCGCAAACUCAUUGUAGACUGGAUCGUGACAGCAGAAGACGAAUCGAAGCAUGCGGUGGAUAAUAGUGUAUGGCAGGCCUUCAUGUCUGAUCAGAAUUUCUGCAGCAUGCUCCUCGAUGCCUUUUACAAACGCAAGUUGGAGCAUCAGGUGUGCUUGCGUCAUGUCGAGCGUCUGCAUAAAUUGACGCCAUGCGUGUAUCAUUGGCAUGUGGAGCUGGGCAGACCAUGUUAUCUUACGCUCAAUGCGCAUGACAAUGCUAAUGGCGCAGCGCAGAUGCUGCGGAAUGGCCAGCAGUCAUGCGAGACCAAGGGUGCUGUGGCGAGCGACAGCGGCGAACCAAAGGAUAGCGGUGGAAGGGCAUUCGUCAAAGUGUAGCUUGAUUGCGAGCAUAGACAGCCAUUUCCAGGUACAAGAUCGAUUUGUCAGGUUCUGGUUGAAACAUCCACGUUGUGAAGGGGUUGCAAAUUGAGCCAGGUUCUGCAUAGCUGCAACGCUUGGUCGUACUUCCACACGCCUGAACUGCUGGCACAGACCUGACUGUUGGCUCAAAUACCCCAGUGAACUGAGGGCCUUCGCUUUCCCAUAGCGGAUCAUCCAGUGAGGAAUGUGAAUAUCGCUCACAGAAGCUGCGCUGAUUGUGCCGUUCUCAAUGUUU